AUUGUCCCACUUUCCAGCGUUGCGGGUGACUUUUUCUGCGACUGACGUUCGCGAGGGUUUCCCCUGCUGUUUACGGGAGGCGUGCGCAGCAUGAAGGUUCACAGACGCGAACUGCCCAGCAUCCCCGCUCCACUUCAUUUCGCCCCGCCCCCAUCUACAACUGAUUUAAGUUGAGUUGUCACGCUGCAUUAUGAUCUUUCGAGACUGAUUGAUUUCAAAACUCAAAGGGGUUUCGAGUUUCAGCGGUAAGUCAAGGAUAUUUGCUCUGCUCCCGCUCAAAUCUAUAGGCUACCUGCAGCAAAAAAAAAACACGUGUACAUGCAAAGAUGAACCCUGAAUCGGACUACGGGAUGUCUACGGUGAGCUGUGGGAACGGAAAGCUCCGCUCGUGGCUAAUCGAACAGGUGGAUACCGGGAAGUACCCGGGCCUGGUGUGGGAGAACGAAGAAAAGAGCAUCUUCAGGAUACCAUGGAAGCACGCGGGCAAGCAGGACUACAACCGGGACGAGGAUGCCGCUCUCUUCAAGGCUUGGGCGCUGUUUAAAGGCAAGUUUCGGGAGGGCAUCGACAAACCGGACCCGCCAACGUGGAAGACGCGCCUCCGGUGCGCGCUCAACAAAAGUAACGACUUCGAGGAGCUCGUGCAGCGAAGUCAGCUGGACAUCUCAGACCCUUACAAAGUCUACCGGAUCAUCCCGGAGUGCGCCAAGAAGCAUUUCUUGCUAUCAGGAUCCAAACAGGAGGAUGGUGGCAGCCCCCUGAGUCCUCUGAGUUACCCCAUGCUGCCCUCAUACCCCGCCCUGCAGACACAGAUGUCUGGGUACAUGCCCACUACAGAGAGAGGCUGGAUGAAGGACUAUCUUCCAGAGCAGGCCUCUCUUCCUGAGCUGCCCUAUGCCCAGUGCCCCUACCCCUCACGCAGCCUAUCCUGGGCCCAGGGGCCCAGCAUGGACAACGGGUACCAGAUCACAGGGUCCUUCUACACCUACAGCGCUACUGACGCCCAGCCAUCCCCCUUCACACUGGACACCAGCAUGAGGUCAGCAGAGGCACUCUCAGAUAUGCGGUUACAUGUGUCAGUGUUUUACCGGGACUCUCUGUGGAGGGAGGUGACCACCUCCAGUCCAGAGGGCUGUCGCAUCGCUCCCUGCUCCCCAGACGACAAGCUUUAUUCCCCCACUGUGGGUCCAGACCUGGUACCCCUACCCCUGGACAGCCUCCAAGCCCUGGGGAGGGGGGAGGAGUGUCCUCCCAGCCCCCCUGGUUGUACCCUGGAGAGGGGCGUGCUACUGUGGAUGGCCCCAGAUGGCCUCUAUGCCCGGCGGCUGUGCCAGGAGAGAGUGUUCUGGGAAGGAGGGUUAUCAUCCUAUGCAGACAAACCCAACAAGCUGGAGAGAGAACACACCUGUAAACUACUGCACACACAGGACUACCUCACAGAGUUGCAGGGCUAUGCCCUCCACUGUCGGCCCCCUCCACGUCUCCAGGUGCUGCUGAGCUUCGGAGACGAGUGUCUGGAUCCCCAGAGACAGAGGACCCUCACUGUACAGGUGGAACCCAUGUUUGCCAGGCAGCUCCUGUACUACACCCAGCACCAGCAGACCAGCGGACACUACUACCGCAGCUACGACAUCCCUCUCCCUGGGGUCACGGAACACAGCAUGACCCCUUCCGUAACUGAGGACUACCAGAGGGUCAUCACACAUCACCAUAGCAACACCCUGCAGGACUGACUAAUCUGACCAUCUCUGAUCACAGUCAGACUGCGGUGCAGGACAUGGGGAGAGGGAGAGACAGGAAAGCCUGGAGAGCCAAGGAGAGAGUCGUCACACUGUACUCUGGAUCACACAUUUCCAUCAAAGCUGAAGCAGAACUAUGCCAAUCCAAGCCAAACUGAACUUAACCAGGCCAUGGAGGAACGUACACUGGGACCAUUGAAGAGACUAACAGAUAGUUAGUUGUAUGCUGUAGAUGUGUGUUGUAAGGGAGUCAACACCCCAAAUUCUUAUGGAUCAAACUGUAUUUCAACUACUCUCAGGGAGCCAUCCUUUGGCCUUAAAGACUCAAACUUGACCGCCGUUUUGCAACGUCCUCUUUGUGACAACAGAACUGACAGCUGUAGUGAUUGUAUCGACACGCUCUAGAGUCGUGUGUGUGUGUGUGUGUGUGUGUGUGUGUGUGUAUCUGCAUUUUAUUGUAUGAUUGUGUGUAGUAUGGCCAUACUGAUGUUGACAUGCUUUCUUCUGUAAAUACAUUUGACCUGUUACUUCUAGUGUAUAGCGUCACAUUUUCUCAAUCAUAAAUACUGCAGUUCAGAGAUGACCAAAGACUACCACUGAGAUUUGACCACACUGAAACACGUACUAGCAUGCCGAACCUUUGGAUUGGCUCACUGUGUCAUACAUUGGGAAUGUUUUGUAAUCGAAUAAUUAAAAUGUUUUAAGCAAAAA